GAGAGAGAGAUCGUACAUUCAGAGCCAACCAUACAAUCCUUUUACAUCCUAACUCAUUUGCCCAUAAUUCAGAAAUCUGUGCUUUUGCAUCCAGAGCAUUUAGAAAUGGAUAAGAAUCGAGCAUUGGGGGUUAAUUCAGGCAGUGGUAAAAGAGCUUCUCGUCCUGGAAGCUUAACCAGAAGAAGAUCAAAUCAGCGUUUUGAACCCAAAUUUGAGCCUAGAACUGAAUGGAUUGAGACAGCUGAAGCCCACGUCCUGGUGCUAGAACUCCCAGGUUUUAAAGAACAGGAUAUAAAAGUACAACCUGAUGGUGGAGAAAAUGUCACAAUCAGUGGGGAACGCCUUAUUGAGGAUCAAUUGUAUAGAGAAGGGAUGCCACACCCAAGGAGAGGGAUGGGUUCUAAAUUUAAAAAGCUUUUUCAUAUUCCUAUGAAUGUUGAUAUUGCAGGCAUUACUUCUAGAUUUGAAAAUGAGAUGUUGUACAUUACAUUCAAUAAAUUUAAAGCACCUGCUGAAGUCAAAUCCAACGAUGUCUUAGACAAAGAGAGCAAGGGUAUCCCACAAGUUGGUGAAAGUAGUGUAAAAUUUAUAGAAGUGCCAAGUGAGAAGAAGGAUGACAAGACAUCAAGCAAUAAACUAAACCAAAGUCUAAAAGAUGAGAAUGUUAUAGUUCCAAAUGUUACAAAGGCUAACGCAACUCGUGAUGAAAAAGUAUCAAACAAUAAACUAGAUCAAAGUCCAAAGGAUGAGAAGAUUGAAGCUCCAGAAGUUGCAAAUUAUAAUGCGGUGUUAGAUGCCAAAGCAUCAAGUAAUAAACAAGAUCAAAGUCCAAGAGAUGAGAAGCUUGAAACUCCGGGAGGUGCAAAGUCUACCACAACUCUAGAUGACAAAAUGAAAAGCAAUAAACUAGAUCAAAGUCCAAGAGAUGAGAAGCUUGAAACUCCAAGAGUUGCAAAGACUACAAUAGCUCGAGAUGAAAAGGAAUUAAGCAGUCAAGCACAUCAAAGUCCAAGAGAUGAAAAGGUUGAAACUCCGGGAGGUGCAAAGUCUACCACAACUCAGGAUGACAAAGCAUCAAAUACUAAACUAGAUCAAAGUCUAAGUGAUGAGAAGGUUGAAACACUAGGAGGUGCAAAGUCUACCACAACUCAGGAUGACAAAGCAUCAAGUGAUAAACUAGAUCAAAGUCCAAGAGAUGAGAAGGUUGAAACUCCAAGGGGUGCAAAUUCUACUACAACUCAGGAUGAAAAAGAAUUAAGCAAUAAACAAGAUCAAAGCCUAGGAGAUGAGAUGGUUGAAACUCUAGAUGUUGCAAAGUCUAGUGUAGCUCAAAAAGAAAAACCAUCAAAUAAUAAACCAAAUCAAAGUCCAAGAGAUGAGAAGGUUCAGACACCAAAAUCUACAAAGCUUAUUACUACUCAACUAGAUGAUGAGAAGGUUGGAACUCCAGAAGUUGUAAGUUCUAGCACAACUCAAGAAGCAAUACAAGCAAAGAAACAAUUAGAAGCUUCCAAUAAGCUAGAAGAGUUAGCCAAACACCCAUCAUCAUUGAAUGGAGAGAAGCUAGUUGAUUCUAAUGCCCUCCCAAAUCAAUUUGAAUUAUUGAAUUCCAAGCAAGAAGAAGUUGAGAUGAAGUCUGGUGAUCAACAUGAACAAAUUUUGGUUAAAAACCCAAAAGUUGAGAGUAACCCUUCUCAUGGAGAUCAAAAACAAGAAGAAAAAGUAUCAAGUCCAAAGGCCAAGAAAGAAGGUGAUAGUUUUGAUUGCUCACAAAUGGAAGAGGAUACGCGUGAGAAAGAUAAACAAUCUAUUUUGAAAGCUUGUACUUAUGUUUCUCGGUUCAUUUCAUCCAAACGUGAGCUGAUGAUUAUAGUUGGCAUUGUUGUUUUCUCUCUUGGCUUGUAUAUCACCUCUAAAUUAACAUAAUCAAAAUAUGAGGUGGUAUGAUAAAUUGUAUAAACCUUAGAAGGAAUGUCCCUCAACCUUAUGUAGAACCUAGUUUCAUAGGAAUUAUGAAUUUGCUCAAUUCAUGCUUAUUCAUGCCCAAUGUAAUAAAGAUGUGUACUACAUAUCUCAUGAUUUAUAAGUCAGUCUAUGAAUUACUUCAAUGA